AUGUCCGGUAACCCACAGUACCACAUAACCCAUCGAAUGGUCCCCUUGAUCUGUCAGGCUCUGAUCGCAGCAUCUGACGAUGAAACAGUAUGGCUUGAGGGUCUUCGAAUGCUAUCUAAUCCGAAACUGAAACAGGCGUUAACAUUGACAUCUUCAAUCUGGUUACCACUCCUCCUAAGAGGAUUAGAGGUUUCCAAACCAUUGCCUGUCAUCGUAUCUGCUUUGAAACUUUUGGAUCACGUAUCAGAGAUAUUGGAGCCUAUGAAAAGCUGUUUGGUGAAACCCCUUCGAGCAUUGGGUAAAGAGAAGCAAUAUGAGGAGCUGGAAGAGCUCAUUUGGGUAAUUGAAAAGUUGGAUUUGACAGUUUGGAACAGCGAGAAGAGCCUUAUAGGGAGACCCAGGAAUCUUAGGACCGCUCCGAACUCACAAGCCAAUACUCCAUUACCAGCUGGAUCCAGUGUUCAACCAGUUCAGAAAGAACAACAUCCCUUACUAGCUGAGAUACUAGCUCACAACUUGCCUCCGAAAUCAAGAACCGUCCAACAAGCCUGGUCGCAGACUCUCCUAUCUUCAGCUCAUGAUAAUCCCAGUAUCUGGUUACAUAAUCUGUAUCAAGCUACUUUGGAAUCUAGUAAUGUUCCGGAAUUAGUUAUUGCUUCAAAGCUUGGUCCACUCAUUCACGAAGAACUAUUCCAAACAGCUUUUAUGAAAUGUUAUGUCCAGCUUGAAAGCGAUCCAGCUUUCAAGAACGUCGUCGAUAGCACGCUAGUAUCCAUCCUGAAUGAUAUAUCAGUCAGUCAAGAGAUAACCAUUGUCUUACUUGAAUUACUCGCAUUUUUUCAUAAAGACAAACGGGAAUUCGCACCUAGCGUACACGAAGCUGCUAAAGCAUGUGCACUUAAUCAUUUUAACGGUGCGCUCAAUCAAGCGGUUCCGGGUGUGGUAUUAUGGUAUGUGGAGCAGAAUGCAGAGAACUUCCCUGUUCAGGAGAAUAUUGGUAAUCUUGUCGAAACUAAUAUAAGAGUUGGAUCAGCUGGGUACGAUGCCGCUUGGAGUACACUCUUAUGGCUAGAGAAUGAUUGGCAAGUUGAGCCGGAACCAUUAUGGAUCACUCAACUGUCUCACUGGCAACAAGCUCUCGAUGCUCAAAACAAGCUCGAUCAAGGUCAAGAGGGAACCAGCUUUUCGUCUUUCAAUACCAAGAUGAUUUGCUAUCAUGCUUUGGGAGCGUACCAGCAAGGAUACGAACUUGCUCAAACACUCUUCGAGGGAUUGAACGAUACCGAAAGGAGGAAUACUGCCCAUUGGGCUACAGCUGCCGCAUGGCAUAUGGGAGAUUUCGAAACGAUGGCAGAUUACCUUGCAUUCCACCCAAAAGGAACCAGUAAAUCACUUUACAAAGCCAUCAUUGACGUUCACAAUGGACAGUACGCCUCGGCUUUCCACCAUAUUAGCAAAGCUCAGAGUUUAUCCUAUGACGAAGUUCAAGUUCAGCUGGAUGUAGGACCACAAGUGGCACAUCGAAGUUUGGCCAAGACGGAAUUACUGGUUGAACUUCAAGAAGUGAUUCAAUACAAAUCGCAGCCGGAGAUGAGAAAUAAUAUAAUUAGUACUUGGAAAACCAGAUUCAAGAAAAGUCACGCUGAUCCCAAUACAUGGUUGAAAAGGUUGGAACUUUGGACAUUGGCUGUACCAGCUACUACCAUGCAGCUUCAGAGCUGUUUUAUCGAUUGUGCGAAACUAUGCGAGAGUGCUGGGAUGCAUCAGGCUGCUCAGAGAAUGUUGAGGAAGAUCACGCCGGAAGUCACUCCAUUAGGAUGUAAAGUGGAGUAUACCAGAUUCAGAUUCCAAUGGAAGGACGCAUAUCAGAAACAAGAUCAGAAGAGGAUGUACGAGAUCCUUCAUAAGCUUAUUAGACAUACUCGAGAUUUCCUACAACAUAUUGGGGUCGAUCAGGAGGAGUUGGAAAGACAAGGAUUGGGCUUGCAACCACUCAGCAUCAUGGCUAACCAUACUACACUCGACCAUCAGAUCCUGUCAAGAAGAUAUUACAGAAUGGCUGAAUGGACUGCUGCCUUGCAAGGAGCUAGCUGGGCCUCCGAUGAACAAUCACAGGUGCUUAAUUUCACCUCCCUUGCGUCCAAGCUGGACAACGAUUGGUACGCUGCCUGUUUCUCAUUGGCUGAACGAUCCCUCAGCAUCUUUGAGAUGAAUGAGUUCUCUAGAUCUGACUCUGUGGCAGUCAGCAGCUACAUUGUACCUGCUUUGAGAGGUUUGUUCCUUGCAGCAAGGACCAAAGAGAACCCGGAAUUCGUCAUCAAAGCUUUACUCAGACUAGUCACCCUUUGGUUCAGAUUCGGAGAAAGCACAGCAGUUUUGGUGGAAGUCGAAAACCAACUCAGCUUGACUCCGGUCGAACCUUGGUUAUCAGCCAUUCCCCAGCUCAUAGCAAGGCUCGGAACACCUCAUAAAGAUCUUCAGUAUACUUUGAUAAAUCUGCUCAAAAGCAUUUCGUCACAGUAUCCUCAUGCUGUUAUUUGGCCUUUGCUCACUGCCACUCAAACAAGUAAGAUCGAACAUCAGGAGGCAGCGAGGGUGAUUAUGAGUUUCAUCUGUACCAUGCCUGAUGGUAUCAGAUUAGUGGACCAAGCUGAAUUGGUAGGAAAAGAAUUGAUACGUACUUCUGCAAGUUUGAUGGAAAGGUGGAGAAGUAUAGUUGAGAAGAUCAUCCCUCGACAAGACCUGAUGGACACUGCAUGGCAUGAAGUUCCUACUCUUUGGGAACAUGAUAUCCAGUAUCUGAGAGCGGUAGAGACUCCAGAUGAGGAGCAAUUUGUACAGAUGUUCGGAGACCAGCUGCUCCAAAUUGACAAGUCGUUGAAAAGGUAUAAAUCAACUAGGCAGAUGAGUUUGGUCAAUUUCGCUUACCAAGAGCUCUACAAGCUAUACGGAGAUCUCGAUUCUCAGAUCAGUCAAUGGAAACAACCUGGAUCAAAGCUUCAUCUUGCAAGUACUGCACCUAGAUUGCUCUCACUGAGAGACUGCGUGCUUACGGUGCCAGGUCAAUAUGACCCACACUUGAAGCUGGAUGAUCAAGCAUUCAUUGACAGUUUCGCUCCAAUUGUCGAUAUCCUCUCUUCGAAGCAGCUACCCGGAAAGCUGGUCAUCCGAUCAUAUACGGCGGAUUAUACUUUCCUAUUGAAAGGGAACGAAGACCUACGAGGUGAUGAGAGGAUAAUGCAGCUUUUCAACUUGAUCAACACGAUGUUGAACCAUAAUUCCGAUGCGUUCAGCAGAAAUCUCCAUCUCUUACCAUAUGAAGUCAUUCCUCUUUCACCUUCAGCCGGUUUGGUCAGCUGGGUAUCGAACACUCAACAACUUCAAUCUAUGAUUCAGAUUAACCGAGCUAAGAACAAGCAAAAUGAUCUGAAUGAUAGAGAAACAGCCUCAUUACUUGGUCACGAUCUCGAGACUUUCAAUCCACGAAGGGAGAACCCAAGAUUUGAUCCACCAGCGGAAAUGGACAGGUACGACAAGUUGCCUAUUUCAAUUAAGAUACAGAGGUUGAAAGCUGCCUUGUCUCAUUCCAAGCAAAGUGAUCUAAAAGACGUGUUGUGGCAGAGAAGUCCCUCGUCCGACAUUUGGGUAAGAAGACGGACUAAUUUUGCGCGAACUGUUGGAGUAAGCAGUUUCGUCGGAUAUAUAAUUGGUCUGGGCGAUAGACACGGUAGUAACAUCUUGAUUGACCAAUUGACUUGGGGAGCAUUACAUAUCGAUUUUGGCGAUCUCUUCAACGUAGCUCAGGAAAGGUCGUUCUUACCUGAAAAAGUUCCAUUCCGACUCACAAGGAUGAUGACCAAUGCCUUUGAGCUUGCUUCUAGAGGUGGACUCGAAGUACCUGGAACCAGAGGGACAUUCAAGCAAGCUUCUCUAAUCGUCAUGAGUGUUCUGAGAGACAGCCGAAGUACAGUUCUGGCAAUGUUGGAGGCAUUCUUGUACGAUCCGUUACUCUCUUGGACUAUUGGGCCAAAUGACCCUUCGCAUGCCGAUCAUAAUACUCAAUCCUCAAGUGAGAAAGAAACUAAGACGAAUACCAAGAGACCCCACGUUCAAACCCACGUCGUACCUCAGAGUUUGGCGCCUGGCAUAGGCGGUACAGGCACAUCAGACAUCUACGAUCGUAUUGAAAAUUCCUUGAUUGCAACUUACAUGGAAACAGACUCGUUUAUGGCCAAAGUAUUUUCAAGUACCGGUAUGACCAAUUCAAAGGCUUUACAAGUCUUAUCCCAAAUUGAAAGAAAGUUGAUUGGGUAUCAUAAAGAUGCUGAUCAACCUUUGACGAUCAAUCGGCAAGUCCAAGCGUUGAUUGAGGAGGCUACCGAUCUGAAGAACCUUUCUCAAGGUUAUGUCUUAGGUUGGAUCCCACAAUGGUAA